AUGGCACGCUUCGGGAUCUUCUGCCUCUUCUUCCUGGGAGCCCAUGGGGUCGACGAUCUUCAGGUGGUCUCCAAUGACUUCUCCUUUGCCAUGGUCAACGUGGCCUCCGGCCUGGCGGCAUGCUGGGGGGACGCGAAGUACGGCGGGAACUGCAGUUCGGUGGAUUUCACGGGAGUUCUUCAGGUGAAGGCCAACUCUCGCUCCAUGGCGGUGCUGAGGACGUCGGGCGGCAGCUGCUGGGGCUAUGCGACCUACGGAGGUGACUGCAGCACGGUGGACCUGGCGGGCUUUACCGAGCUCUAUUCCACCGACUUGAGCUUCUUAGCCUUCGACGCCGUGGGAAAGCGAGGCGUUUGCUGGGGCCGUAGCUCCUACGGUGGCUCCUGUGGCACGAUUGACUUCAGCCAAGUGACGCAGAUCGCCAGCAACAAGUACGCCUAUGCGGCCUACAGCGCGAACGGCACCCUGCAGUGCUGGGGUUCCAGCUCCUAUGGAGGCCACUGCGAGGCCUCCGACCUGACCGGAAGCGCCCGCUCGCUGGGGACCGUCACGGAGCUCAUCGCCUCCACGGGCGCCUUCGUCGCCUUCGACCGCGCGGCGGGCAGCAUCCGCUGCUGGGGCAGCGACGCCUAUGGAGGCAAUUGCAGCUCGGUGACCUUGACGGGCAUCACCGAGGUCUACACCAACGGCAGGGCCUUCGUGGCCAUAAACAAGAACAGUGGCCUGGGCCAGUGUUGGGGUGGCAGCUGGGGCGGCAGUGGUGCCGACUGCCGUGGCAUUGACUUCUCGGGAGAGGUGCAAAUCUACUCCACGGCGGCCGCAUUUUUGGCCUGGAGGUCGGGCAGUGGACAGUGCUGGGGCGAUUUCACCCGGGGGGGUGACUGUAGUGGUGUGAACUUCACUGCCGUCACGCAGAUGUACAGCAACGACUAUGCCUUCUUGGCCGUGGACAGCAGUGGCACGGCACAGUGCUGGGGCUUGAACGGCUAUGGAGGCAACUGCCCGCUGGUCGACAGCCUGGAUGGCUUUGAGAUCUACCCCAGCAGCACGGUCUUCGCAGCCAUCAACACCGUCACCGGCGCAGGCCAUUGCUGGGGUCAAGACGCCUAUGGUGGCAAUUGCAGUGUGCUGGACUUCAGGGGUGUCACAGACGUUUGGGCCAAUGCGCGAGCAUUCCUGGCCGUGGACCGCAAGGCACGGACCGGCCAAGCCUGGGGCGCCUCGCUGCAAGGUGCCGACGUCAGCACCAUCGACUUCCAGAGCGUCUUGGCGAUGCCCACCACGACACGCUCCGCCACCCGGACGGAGACCACGGGGACCAGCACGACGGCCACGACCACGGACGAGCCCAGUCCUGCCAGUGUCGGCCGAUGUCGUUCCGUGUGUCCGACCUACAAGUGGUUUCGGGGAUCGUCCCUGGACCGAGUGAAGCAGCGCCUCUGCGCCACACCCUGGUGCAGCGGCUGUGAGGAGUGCAGGCGCAGGUCUGAGGUGACCAGCGAGUUGCCGGUCUGCGGCGAGGUCUGCCAGCAGUACGAGGGAUCUGCUGCCAACGAAGGUUGGAAGACUAUGGCCUUCCUCUGUGUGGAGGAGAAGGCCAAUGACAAACACAAGUGCUAUCCGCCCUGGCGGUGGCCCUUUUGGUGCAGCAAGUGCCGCGUGGUGGAGGAAGGUGAGCAGAGUGCUGUGUCUGGCAGGAGCUUGCGCGGGUCCACGUACCGACACAAGUGGUGA